AUGUUUAGAAUUUAUAUGUGGAAGUUGAUAGAUGAACAAGGUAGAAUAAGUAUUAUAAAUACGUUAUUGCACGAGACAAUCGACAACUUCUCAUAUUCAAAUGGGUUGAUUUGCUCAAUAUAUUUCUUUUGGAAAGAAUUAUGUAAUAGCUUUGAUGUCCUUAACGAUGCCAGAUACAAUUAUGUCAGCAAAUUAAUCAUCAACGUGCUUGAGGAGGCAUUUAAGUUGCAAGAGCAUCUUUUAGCACUGCGGCGGUAUCAUUUUAUGGAAUUAGCAGAUUGGGCAGAUUUGUUUAUCUUGUCACUUUGGCGACAUAAAUGGUCUGUUACAGAAGCUAAUGAGAGACUUCCAGAAAUUCAAGGCCUACUUGAAUUGUCAAUUCAGAAGUCUUCUUGUGAGCAAGACACCAAUAAGGCUAGGUUGUUUGUGUACAUGAAAGGACAUGGGAAAUUACCUCUUUCGGCAUCUGCUAUUGGGGUCCGUUCUUUUGAUUUCCUAGGACUGGGUUACCACGUGGAUUGGCCACUAUGUAUUAUUUUGACACCUGCUGCGUUAAAAAUAUAUGCUGAUAUAUUCAGCUUUUUGAUACAAGUGAAGCUUGCCUUAUUUUCAUUGACUGAUGUGUGGUGCUCAUUAAAGGAUAUGGCACAGGAUCUAAAUGCUGAAAUACGCCAGCAUCUUAAUAUAUUAAUGAAGAUGAGGCACCAGAUCAGCCACUUUGUAUCUACUUUGCAGCAAUAUGUGGAAUCACAAUUAUCACACGUGUCAUGGUGCAGAUUUCUUCAUUCCCUUCGGCACAAGGUGAAAGAUAUGAUGGAUUUAGAGUCUGUGCACACGGAAUAUCUUGCUGAUUCCUUAAGAAUAUGUUUCCUAUCUGAUGAAACAAAGGCAAUGGGUAGCAUUAUUGAGAGCAUUUUGCAAUGUGCACUCGAUUUUCGGUCUUGUAUUACAAUAGGUGCUUGGGAUAUUGGAAAUGAUCGAGGAGACUUAUUAGGAAAACUUUCCACAGUCAAUAUAUCUCAGGUCCUUUCCAUAAAGCAGAAGUUUGAUAGAAGUCUAAAUGAAUUGCACGUCUGCUAUGUAAAGGAACCUAAGCAUGUGAAUUUUGGGCUUUCUCGUUUCUGGGAAUAUCUCAACUAUAAUCAAUAUUAUUCAGAUGUCAACAAUGGGAUGGAGUACUACGCCCUCUGA